CGCCAAACAGUUAAUUGGAACUAAAACGAUAGACAACUUCGAGAAAAAGGUUGAGGAUGCCAUCUUUGAAGCGAGACUAGUGUUACAAAGAGAAGCUGGAGAUAGACGAAGAUGAGUUCCUCACAAUCAUGUUCUUUGAUGCUUGUUUCCUCCUCCGCUUCAUUGAUUUAUAUGUGCAGGACAACUUGCAAGAUCUCCAGAUAAGCAAAAAUCUUCAUGGCUUCAUUCUCAGGGAUAUAUUCCUGCUUGAAAACCAGAUUCCCUACCGGGUUCUCAAAGCCCUGAUGAACUUGACCAUGAAGGUGGACAUAGACGCGUUCAUUAGGAGAGUGAUGGAAACCAAAAUGCAGACCACAGUGGAAAGUAAAGUUGAACCAAUCCACCUUCUAGCCCUCCUCAGAACCACGUUGCUUGGCAAGGCGGCAGGCAACCCAGGUGUAGUGGUAAAAGGAGACUGGCAACUCUUCCGGUCAGUGACUGAGAUGAAGGACGUCGGCAUUGAGUUCAAGAAAAGUGACACAUUCUGUUUGAGAGACAUAAUAUUCAAAGAAGGCUUCAUCCACAGCUAUCUUUCACUCCCUCGGAUAACCAUAGAUGACUCAUUCCAGUCAAGAUUCAUGAACAUGAUAGCAAUGGAGAUGUGCCCGGACAGCAGACUGGAGCAUGGGAUCCAGUCCUAUGUUUGGUUCUUGGACUGUCUCAUUCACAGUGCAGAUGAUGUGAAGGAGAUGAGAUCGGCAGGUGUACUGUUCAAUGCUUUAGGGACCGAUGAGCAGGUUGCUAAACUAUGCAAUGAGAUGUCCGAAGAUUUGGCUCCUGAUUUGCAUGAAUACCACGAGGUGUUGUAUGGGCUUAAGAGGCACAAGAAGAACAAAUUUUUAGUGAGGUUUUAUAACACUCAUUUUACUAGUAGUUGGACUACCAUUUCCUUUAUUGCUGCAGCUUUUCUUAUUAUCCUGACGGUGCUGCAAACUGCGUUUCGCUAUUUUCCCUCGGGAGUGAGAAGUGAGAAGUGGCUUUUUUGUGACUUGGUUGUGUUUUUUCCAUCUUUUAAUUUGUUUCAUUAUUUUUUAUUAACUUCCAGUUUGAUGAUUAAUCUUGAUCUAUAUAUAGAUUGUUCUACGAAAUAA